GUCCCAAGCAACACAACAACACAACACGCGGCAGCAACUCAAUUCCAGCUCACGUUUCCCGUCGGUCCCGGUUCCACUUCCGUCUACGCUUCCCGAUCCCAUCCCAUCCCCUUUGCGCCCUGUUUCUUUUCUCCUCGUCGCCGGAACCUCGGAGCCGCCCCCUCAUCCCCAGGAGGGCCAGGGAGCAAUCCUCCCCCGCGCGGCCACUCGACGCGGCGGACGUCGCUCUCCAAACCGCCAGCGGCAGCGCACCGUCGCCGUCCCGGUUCCGCCCGAGUUCGAUUCGGUCCCAUAACUUGGCCCGUUGGUUGAGUUGGCCUACAAAGUCCACUGAGAAAGAUGAGAGCAGCAGUAGCUCGCUCGCUACGGCAGCUUCGCCGUUUGGCUCGUCACCACGCAGAUGGCCGCACACCAGUAAACAGAUUGACCAGGCAGCAGAACGCCCUCAUCUUGCGUAGUUCGGCAUCCCGCUCACUGUGCACAGUGCGCCAUAAUGAUGAACUUGGCAGAUUUGUGAGCCCAGCUGUGGAGUCACUGAGGAACAUGUUCUCCACUGCCGCAGCUGAUUCGAUUAAAGAUGUUCCACGAGGUGGACCGAUGGUGGAAUAUGAGAAGAGAAUUGCAUCAGGAGAUCUUGUAGAUGGGGAUAGCUUUCAGGUUGACACGAUUCAACAAUUACAAAGGCUUUAUGAGGAUCUUGUAGAGAAUGAAGAAGCCUGUCAGCUUGAUAGAUAUCAGUCAUCUGAGAAAUCUGGAAGGAGAAGAUGGCUAUGGUCUCGCCUCAUUGCUCAGCCUUCUACCCAUUCACCAGUAAAGGGAUUGUAUCUAUAUGGAGGGGUCGGUACAGGGAAGACGAUGCUUAUGGACUUGUUCUAUGAGCAACUGCCAGCUAAUUGGAGGAAAAAGCGGAUUCACUUUCACGAUUUCAUGUUGAAUGUUCAUAGUCGCCUGCAGAUGCAUAAAGGUGUUUCAGACCCCCUUGAUAUGGUAGCAGCUGAGAUUUCAGAUGAAGCCAUAAUAUUAUGUCUUGAUGAGUUUAUGGUAACUGAUGUUGCUGAUGCUAUGAUACUGAACCGCCUGUUCAGACAUCUGUUCAGCAAAGGCGUUAUUCUAGUUUCGACUUCUAAUCGCGCUCCAGAUCAGCUAUAUGAAGGUGGCCUGCAGCGAAACCUUUUCUUACCUUUCAUUGACACCUUGAAAGAAAGGUGCAUUGCACACCCCAUUGGCUCUGCAGUAGACUACCGUCAACUGGGUUCGGCUGGAGAAGGUUUCUAUUUUAUUGGAAAUGAAUGCAGUACAGUUCUUAAACAGAAAUUCCAAUCUUUGAUUGGAGAUGAGGAACCUACUCCUCAAACAGUCGAAGUCGUUAUGGGACGGCAUUUGCAGGUCCCACUGGGAGCAAAUGGAUGUGCAUAUUUCCGGUUUGAAGAUCUUUGUGACAAACCUAUAGGCGCAGCGGACUAUUUUGGGCUAUUUAAGAAGUUUCACACCCUUGCAGUUGAAGGUGUCCCUAAGUUUGGAUAUCAUAACAGAACUGCAGCGUAUCGGUUUGUCACGUUGGUUGAUGUAAUGUAUGAGAACAAGGGGAGGCUAUUAUGCACAGCCGAGGCCGAGCCGAUAGAGCUAUUCAAGAACGUCGUGACGGUCGCUGAAGCACAAAAAAGUUCACCUAGAUCUUCACGCUCGCGGAAAAGUGACGAUCCUGAUCUCUGUGUGGACAAUGAGCUAGGAUUCGCCAAAGAUCGUUCGAUUAGCAGGUUGACAGAGCUCAACAGCAGAGAGUACUUGGAGGACUUCGAAGCAAAAUGGCAACAGCCCCUGCACGCUCUAGAUGACGGUGGCGAUGUCGUACUAGCAUGAGUGGCAGGGUUUCGUGUUCUAAGACCGUAUUAUAGUUUUGUUAUAAAUAUUAACCCGCCCGGCUCAGGGAGGAAUGGGAGAAAUGUUGGUUUUCCUGUCAGUGGUGCAUGUAAUUUCAGUGUGCCGUGAUGUAAGCACUUCUGCAUGUAAAUCUGCAAAAAAUGUCACACUUGUAGAGAAUUUGUGACCUGUCUUGCUGGAAUUCUAUCCUAUCCUUUAUAUGAAACUGGAAAUCUUCAGUUAGCGAA